AUGGCGGACCGACAACCGCUCGAGAUAACCAAUCUCCGACUCUCAAAUACUUCGAAUCUCUUGGGAGUCGACGACCCGGCACCUCCGGUUUCCUGGUCCUAUUCAUCGCCGCACUCUUCACACGGUUGGUGGCAGCAAACAUACGUACUAUCACUCCGUAGUUGGGGUAUAGGCGAUACACCUGAAGACCACUCGCUUCGGCCGGUUAGUAUCCUAGGCCCAAGAGCCUCGCGCAGCGAGAAUAUCCCAUGGCCGAAAGCGUUUCCAAAAGUCGAGCCAGGACGAGUAUAUGAGCUUUCGGUCGUAGGGGUUCUCACUCGGCAUGAUAAGCGCGAAUAUUUCGAUCUAAAACUCGGCAAUGGUUGGGAGUUCGGUACUCUAGAGGGUGAUGCACCACGGAUAGGAGAUGCAUCACCACUAGACUUAGCGGAAGAGCUAGGGAAGUUAGAUCAUGCAGCAUCUGACACGGUGAUGACAACAUCCGUUUUGACUUUUGAAGGCGGACUUAUCGGUGGCUUCGAAACUUGGAGUAAAAGGGCGAAUGGAGUGGAGCCCAUCUCCACACCAUGGGAUUUUGACGGUUGGGAGAAGCCAAAACCUGUUUCCGUUUUUCGAAACUCAUUCGACGUUGAAGUUUUAAAUACUGCUCGACUCCAUGUAACCGCUUUUGGAGUUUAUAAAAUCUUCAUUAACGGGAGGGCUAUCAGCCAAAGCACUAUGGACCCGGGUUGGACAGAGUACAAACUACGGAUCUCUUACCAAACAUACGACGUGUCCAACUACUUUUUACCAGGCAGGAACGUUGUUACCGUUUUUGUGGCUGACGGCUGGUACCGCGGCCGUCUGUCUAGCGGCGGCGAGGCGAGACGGGGUAUAUUCGGGGCGGAAACGGGGUUCCUAUCUAUAAUCGAGAUUUUUAAGCCAGGAGGUGGUAGAGAAAUAGUUAAAACGGGCCCUAGUAGAUCGACUGGAUGGAAAUGCACGAGGAGGUGUCCAAUCCAGCAGACGGAGAUCUAUGAUGGAGAGCAAUAUGAUUCUCGCAUUGACAUCGAAGACGGGACGGCUAUUUGGGAAGACGUAAAAGUCAUGACGGAUUUUUGGCAAACCGGAUACUCCACCCCAGCUCUUCAGGCCUCCAUAGCGCCGCCUAUUACAUGCACGGAACUGCUUUCUGUGCAAAAGUAUAUCACGUCCCCUACAGGGAAAAAGAUUCUCGAUUUCGGGCAGAAUACUGCCGGAAGACUAUACAUUAAGGGGUCUGCUCCCUCCGGUACUAGAGUCACCCUAGUGCACGUUGAACUACUAGAGCCCGACGGAACACCUUGUACCGGGCUCUUGCGGGAGGCAAAGGCUACUGACUCUUACAUAUUCAACGGUUCCGGUGUUGAAGAAUGGGAGCCGCAAUUUACUUUCCAUGGUUUCCGUUACGUCCAGGUAGACCCUUGGAUUGAGGGGUUGGAAGUCACGGCGAAAGUCUAUGGUAGCAACCUUCCAACUGGCCUGCUCAAAUUCAACAGUAGCCAUAAGGAACUGAACAGACUGGUGGAGAACAUUCGAUGGAGUGCCCGAGCAAACUUUUUAUCCAUAUGCACAGACUGUCCCCAACGGGACGAAAGACUAGGAUGGACGGGUGAUAUCAACGCAUUCGGGCCAACGGCAAUUUACAUAUUUGAUUGCCAAACAUUUUUACGUUCGUGGUUGCAAGGACUGGUCGAUGGCCAAAAAAUAGGUGGUAGAAACUGUCCUCCUCUAGUUUCUCCAAAUGCGCUUCAUAUGCCUGGUUCGCAUAGACCGACUGCCCUUUGGCAAGAUGUGUUGGUUACUUUGCCUUGGUAUCUCUAUCAAACAUAUGGAGACUCGAGCCUUCUGAGAGAGCUUUACAGUUCAAUGGUAGAUUAUCAUACAAAAGGGAUUCCAAAGGACUCUAGAACAGGGUUAUGGGCGCCUACCUUUCAGUUUGGAGACUGGCUCGAUCCUACGGCCCCACCAGAACGCCCAGAUCUGCCAGCGACUCAUCCGAUGUUCGUCGCUAAUACUUGGCUGUGUAAUAUCACCAAGACUCUCUGGAAAAUCGCGGUUGUCCUCCAAGACCAAGAUGGCAUCCGCGAGUGGGAAGCUGCAACGCUUAAUCUAACAUCAAAAUGGCAGUCAAAAUAUAUCCUUCCCGCCGCCGCAAGAUUAGCUACUAGCUUCGGAGCAACCGAGCCCCCAAAAAUACUAACUCAAGAUACUCAAACUGCACACUCCCUUGCCUUAAACUUUGGCCUUCUCCCAGAAGACCUCAUCAAGCCAGCGAUCAACCGGCUUCACCACCUCGCUAUAAACAACAAUUAUCAUCUUUCUACAGGCUUUGCUGGAACACCUGAGCUUUUGCAUGCUAUAUGCGCGUCGCCUUCAUCACCCUUGCCACUUGAGGAAAACCUUGGGUCCAUAUCCUUAGCAUAUAAGGUUCUUUUAGGCCCACGAACGCCUCCUUCUUGGUUAUACCCAGUUACUAUGGGCGCUACAACUAUAUGGGAGCGCUGGGAUGCGGUAAAACCUGAUGGAAGGGUCAAUACGUCGGGAAUGACAAGUUUAAAUCAUUACGCCUACGGCAGCGUUGGUAAAUGGAUCUUUGAAACCGUGGGCGGAAUAAAGAUGCAGUACCUAGAAGGCAAAGAUGGAGGACUGACUUUCAUAUUCAAUCCUAUUCCGAACCUUGAACAUGGGAUCACCUGGUCAGAGAUGGUUUACAAUAGCCCCAAAGGGAUUGUUGCGUGUAAUUGGAAGUAUGAAAGUGACGGUCAAAAGAUGGUCAUAGAAAUUGUGCUGCCGGGCAAUUGUGAAGGCGAAGUAAUGAUGUUGGGACAACCACUGAAGAGAAUUGGCGCAGGGAAAUGGGUUUUGACGACAUCUGUCAAGGAUUCGGAAAUGAGGCUCCUGCAAAAGAAACCAGAUGGCUUGUCAGAGGGCUGGGUUAUGGUUUAG